AUAGUGUAGCCAACUCGGCCAGUCGUAACUCCGAUAGACAUGUAAAUAAGCUGUCGUCUCGGACAGAGCUACAGCACUUUUAGCCAUCAGCUUCAUCAGCCGAAAUCUUGAGGCAGUGUCAAAAUGUGCGGCAAUCCGAACACGCGACUUCUCUCGCGGCUCAUCAUUGACUUUCUGCUGCUGCUGGGCGUCUACUGUGUGGCCUUGGUGGUGCUGCCCCAGCAGCUGGAGACUGUCCAACGAGGAUUCCACUGCAGCGAUGCCAGUCUUCGUUAUCCGUAUCGCCAGCCCUGGCUGACCAAGGUGCACCUCACCAUCGUGGUGGUGGCUCUUCCCGCAGCCUUCAUCCUCGUCGUCGAGCUGCUGCGGGCUGCCUUCGUGCCCAGUUCCGCGGAAUUGAAGCAGAGAUUCGUCUUCGUCGGCGCCCGAAUUCCCAGCUUCAUCAGCGAGUGCUACAAGAUCAUCGGCGUGUAUCUCUUUGGCCUGGGAUUGGCACUGCUGGUCAUUAGAAUAACCAAGGUUUCAACUGGUCGCCUCCGUCCGUACUUCUUCGAUGUAUGCCAACCCACUUGGGGCGGGGAGGAUGCCGAGGAGAACUGUGCCGUGCAGCCAGCGUCUAAUGCCUCCAAUUACAUUGAGGACUACAAUUGCACCGAGUUCGCUGCCUCAUUGGAGCUCCUUUCCCAGGUCCGUCACUCUUUCCCCAGCGGAUUUGUGGCCAGCACGAGCUACGCCAUGUUCUUUCUGAUCUAUUAUGCCCAGGCUCGCCUCUUUGCCUCCUGGUUGCGGCUGCUCCGUUCAACACUGCAACUUGCCUGUGGCGCGAUGGCAUUGCUCGUGGGCCUGGAACGAAUCUCCACAAACCAGAAUCAUAUCUCGGAUGUGGCUGCCGGAAUGUUCCUGGGCGCCGCUCUGGCCUCCUAUCUGGCGGUCUUUGUGGCCCACCUGUUUCGGCAGGUGAGAGUGAAGCGUCGGCAGUGGCCAAGGAACGAACAGAUAUACGGAUAUGCUGGUUACUACAAUCGUGCCACUUAUGGCUAUUAGUUGAAAGAUUUUUAUGAUUAAGAUUAGUACAAACGUCAAUAAAUUACAACAUUUAAGGAUACGAGAA